CAACUCUCCGGCUCACACACACGCACACACACACACACACUCUCUCUCUCUCUCUCUCUCUCUCUCUCUCUCUCACGGACAAGUUGACAAAGAAAGUUUCCAAACUCCAUAACCCCCAACUCCCCCCCAAACCAAACGAUGGACCAUCCUUCAGAUGGACAUCAUGCCUCACUCCGAUCGUUGACUGCCCAUUCGUCGUCAGGUUCCCUCGGACUGUCUUUAAACAAAAACGGGCCUUCUACAUACAAAGCGUCUCCUCCCCCUCCUCCUCCAAUAUUACCGAAUCGGCAAAUCGGUACAGUCGCAGCCUCGCUUCCGCCUCUCAAUCUUCAAUCGAACAAUAACAAUAACAUUAACAACAGCAACAGCAGCAGCAACAGCAUGGACACUAUCGAAUGCGAUGCCCACUUGCAGCGAACACGCCAACAGACUUGCUCCAAAGUGACAGAAGUUUGUCGCUCACUCUUGUUUGCUGCCACGUCGUUACACGCCGCUGUCCGACGCUGCUUGACAUUUGAUAGCGGUCUCAAUUCGAUGUUAUCACCGGCUUUUAUUCAGUCAACAACUGCCAGUGAACGCCUUACGAUUGUAUUGGAUCGACAGCAGCAACAGCAACAGCAAGAUGACGAACAACAACAACAACAACAGCAGCAGCAGCAGCAGCAGCAGCAGCAGCAGCUUGUAAAAUUAGCCAUCGCUUGCACUCGAGCACUCAAAGAACUCUGCUCAGUGCUGCGCCAAAACACAGCCACAUUGAUACAAUCAUUAGAUGUCAAGUUUGCUCGUCAUAUACUGGUAAUGGUGCAUACAACGGCCGUAGAUAUUAAGGAUGUAUGGCGUGUACUAUCACGCCAUCAGCAACAGGAACAACAACAGCAACAACAGAAAGUGCCGAUGCGCGGGCGCUCACACAGUGACCACACAACUAGUACACCCACUGGGAUGUCGAUGGGAUCACCCAUUGCAUCACCAUCGGUCGACGAUCGAUCACAGUUAUACGCUCAUUUGAAACUGGCUGUUACACACUCAUUGCACGUAACCGAGCUAUUGAAACAAUCCAUUGUGGAAACUCUGGCAACGGAAACUUCAUCCGUGCUGGCUACCAAACUCCGGGACUUGGCACGGCAGGCACAGGAUGCAGCCGAACGAGCCAUGAGGCUGGAUAAUAAUUUACAGAUUGUUACCGCCGCGGCUGCUGCUGAUGAUACCACAUCACGCAAAGGAUUCUGGCAGGAUACCAAUCAAUAUCUCAAGGUAAUGGUAUCGGUCAUGAGCUCGGUGCGAUCAAUAUCGACACAAGAGGUUUUCAACUGGCCCAAACCGGUCAAACAAGGGUGUCUACAAGUGACUCGCGUUACGGCUGAGGUGGCCAAAUUAUGGAACCACUGUAGCGCAUUUGUAGACGAUGGUUUUUAUCUGGGUAAAAAAGACAGUACGCCUCUCACUGCAUCGACGUCAACCGCGAGUACUACCACCACCACCACUACUACUACUACCGAUACUACUACUACUUCUUCUCCUCGCCGACUGACUGCCACUACUACUUUCCCUUCAGAUGCUCUCAAUGUGAGAGGAGAUUUAUCGUCAUCUGCACCAUCCCUAUUAUCCGACAAAACCAAUAACAAUGACAUUCAUAAUACCAAUAGUACCAAUAACACUACAUCAUCUUCAGCAUAAUUUUUGCCAUUAGCAUCUUAAUCUCUAUAUCUCCUCUUAUGCUUUCCUUGAUGGGAAGGCAUACAUAUAUCCUUCCAUCCACCUUUUUUAUGAUGGGCGUCGUGUGGGUACGUGAAGUUAUACAAAAAUGUCGAUAUUCUCCCUCAUAUGUUCUUCUUUUAUGCGUUG